GUCUUAGAUGAUGUCAUCGGAGUAAACAGAAAAGAUGGCGACGCCAUACACGGGAGAUCGGGUUUUAGGGACAAACGCUGUUAUUUCAGAGGGUUUCGCCAAACAGUUAACCGAUUUACCAGCGGAAUUAUUAGAGCAUAUACUGUGUUUCCCCGUUCUAAACCAUAUCGACAUUUGCAACGUUUCCUGCACGUGCAAGAGGCUGCAUGACGUGUGCCACGGCAGGGGGAAGGUCUGGGCGCAUCAGUACAAACUCAGGUGGCCCAGGCUCCAGAGGUUUUAUCAGCAAAAUGAGCCAUACGAUUGGCUGAAAGAAUUCAAAACCCGGCAUAUGGUUGGUCAGCAGAUCAGAAGAACAGUAGAGUCUAUUUCCAAGAGGUUCUUCACGGAAGUUCCUUGCGUUGGUCAGGUUCUUGGAGACAGCUUUGCGGAAAUCGAGUCUCUCGGAGCUCCUGAACACUUCUGUGAGGAUGAGCUGCUUGGCAUUUUGAACUCGGACAAAAGGAAAUGUUUGACCCUCAAGUACUAUGCAAAGAAAAUCCUGUACUUCCUCCGGCAGCAGAACAUUCUGAGGAAUUUGAAGGGUUUCCUUGAGAGACCGCCAGAACAACAAUUAGCCCUUGAAGGUGCCGUUUUGGUCGAUCAGUAUUGCAACCCUCUGGCUGAUAUCACUCUCGAGAGCAUAUCCGCGCAGAUAGAAGAAAUCACCGACAAGGUGAAGAAGUAUCUGCGAGUGAAAAAUGCCACACACCCAAGCCUACGAGCCGGUCAAGGUGACUGCUUCGUUCUGGAAAACCUGGAGUUUCAAAGGCAAGUCAUAAGUGCUCUGAAUGCUGUGCUGUACGACCAGCUGCAGUACAAGGGCAAUGAGCGUGACUACUACAAUCCACUCAACUCAUACAUACAUCAGGUGCUGCUCCGUCGGACAGGCAUUCCCAUCAGCCUCUCUGUGCUUUACAUGACUCUGGCCAGGAAGUUAGGAGUUCCUCUGGAGCCUGUCAACUUCCCCAACCAUUUCCUGCUCCGCUGGUGCCAAAAUCAAAGGAGGAGUGACGACAUCUACGAUUACGUAUACAUUGACACGUUUGGUAAAGGAAAGCAGCUGGCUGCUAAAGAGUGUGAGAAUCUGAUCCGACACCAGGUGGGAGCAGAUUACUACAGCGCUAUAAGCACCAGCGAGCUGCUGCUGCGGAUGGUGGGAAACCUGCUUAACAUCGGCAAAAGAGGGGAAGGGAAUGAGAAAUCAUAUCAGCUCCUGAGGGACUCGCUGGAUCUCUACCUCACAAUCAACCCUGAUAAUGUGCAGUAUCUUCUGCUGCAGGCCCGUCUCUAUUUCCACCUGGGCAUCUGGCCUGAGAAAGUGUUGGAUAUUCUACAGCAUAUCCAGGCUCUGGACCCGUCUCAGCACGGAGCGGUCGGGUAUCUGGUGCAGCAUACGCUCGAGCACAUCCAGCAUAAGAGGCAUCCGGUAGAGCCGGAGGUGAAGAGACGCAGCGCUCCUGAGCACAGGGAUGUACAGUACUCUGUAGGCCUCAUCAUGAAACAUAAGAGGUCAGGCUACAACUGCGUUAUCUACGGGUGGGACCCUAAAUGCACCAUGAGUCAGGAGUGGAUUAACACUAUGAGGGUCCAUCAGCUCUCCAAGGGGGCUGAUCAGCCCUUCUACAACGUCCUAGUGCAGGACGGGACAUGUCGAUAUGCUGCGCAAGAGAACCUGGAGCCUCACUCCGCCCCGCUGGAGAUCGCCCACCCUGAGGUCGGCCGCUACUUCACCGAGUUCUCUGACACGCACUACAUGGCUAAUGAAGAGCUCCAGGCGCGUUACCCAGAGGACAUGUGCAAGACCUACAGGACUGUAGAGGAGCUCUACCACGGUCUCAACCCCAACUCAGGGCAGUCACCGGAGCCCACCGCCAACUUCCAGGACCACGAUUUGUUAGAUCCAUAGAGAAGAACGCCACCUCCUCGCCUCCCUCCCUAGUGUAGAUGCGUAAUGUCAUUCACCUUCUCCUGAAAUGUUUAAGAUGUUGAGGGACUGAAUUUGAAGUUUAAAGAACUAAGUAAAGGAAUAGUUUACCCAAAACUUGUUGAACAUUUACAAAAUCGAGGCCAUGCAACGUGUAGAUGAGUUUGUUUCUUCAUCAGAACCGAUUUGGAGAAAUUAAGUAUUACACCACAUGUUCAACAAUGGUUAGUGAAUGGGUGCCGUCAGAAUGAGAGUCCAAACAUCUGAUAAAAAACAUCAAAAUAAUCCACACCACUCCAGUCUAUCAUUUAAUUUCUGGUGAAAUGAAAAUCUCUCGUUUUGCAUCAAGGUGUUUAAAGCAUCAGAUUUCAUUAAAUACUCCAAUUUUAUACAUAAAAGUUUAUGUAAGUUAUCUCUUACAAACACACUGCACUUGGCAUUAAUUGACAGAUUGGAGGUGGGCAGAUCACUUGUGGAUUAUGGUGUUUUUUUCAGCUGCUUAGACUCUCAUUCUGACGGCACCCAUUCACUGCUGGUUGAGCAAGAGAUGCUAAAUUUCCCCAAAUCUGCUCUGAUGAAGAAACAAACUCAUCUACACAUCGGACAUAUUUAUUUUUGGGUGGACGAUUCCUUUAAGACAGAACCAGUCUAAGAUCAGUAGUUUUCCCUCCCAAUUCAUUUCAACUGUACACCAUCCUGAUCCUAGAUUAGUUUUAAGCGCAACUUUGACCCAGAGCUGCUAAUGUAGUCCAAGCUGAAAGAAACUACAUGUGUCGUAUUUGAGUGGUUGAGUAUAAAUGAUGUGGUUGAGUUACAGUAUUUGUGCAGAUAUAAAAUAUACUCUAGAUAGUAUGUAUAGACUAUGUGAACUUACACUACAGAGGGUCUGAAUAUCUGUAUAUGUGUUGACGAUCAGCUUCAGGCCCGUUCCCGUUAUGCCAUAUAACACAUCUCACUGAACUAAUGCACUAAUGUCACAUAUGUUAAUAUGUUAACUAACAUGCACUUGACAUGAGGUAAAAUCUCUAAAGCUGUCACCUUAAAAUAUUUUGUAAUGUUUAUUUCAAAGUUAUAAAAAAAAAAAAAGAAAAACCUAGAGAUCAAGGGCUCAAGAAAUUCUUGGCUCAAAGUGGUUGUAAAUACAAAAGCAUUGAUAAUAUAAGAGAAUGAAUCACAAUAAAAAAUAAGCUCUG